CCGUCGCGAUCAGCCGAGUCGGGAAUGAUCGAUGCUCCCCGGUGUAGUUCGUGAGGACGAGAAGGCCGGCCGUGGAAUCUUCGCCCUGGCGGAACCAGUCGAUGCCAGCGAUGAGAAACACAGCCCCGUCCAAGAGUCGGAGAGAUACUGAAGACCAAUUGAGUCAUCCAGUCUUGUGGAUUGAAUAACUACUGGAUUCUUGGAUUUUCCGUUCAUAGCCAGCCAUUGUUGAACUAUCAGGACCACAGCCUGUGCUGACUAUGUCAGAGGACACUAAGGGUCCUACAGAGCCCUUGGUAGGGUCUGGCACCCUCUGGAAGGACCUCAGGGCACUCCUGCCUGACACAGAGGAGGAGCUGAAGCUGGAGCUCAGUGAGAAGGUGGACAGGAGCCUGACCAUGCUGCUACAGCAAGCUGUGGGGUUGUUCUAUGCAGGACAUUGGCAGGAGUGCCUGCAGGCCAGCGAGGCCGUCCUGGACUACUCCUGGGAGAAGCUCAACACUGGGCCCUGGCAAGAUGUGGACAAGGAAUGGCGCCGUGUGUACUCCUUCGGCUGCCUCCUGAAGGCCCUGUGCCUGUGCCAGGCUCCACAGAAGGCCACUGCAGUGGCUGAAGCAUUGCGGGUGUGUGACAUGGGCCUGUUGAUGGGGGCAGCCAUCCUUGGAGACAUCCUUCUCAAAGUUGUCACAGUCCUCCAGACACACCUGCUCCCGGGAAAGCAGCCUGCCUGUGGCCCCCACCAGGACGAGCCUGUUACCAAGAAGACGAGGUGUGAUGCCAACUCAGCUCCCGAUGUGGUGUUAGAGCGGGCAGUGCCCAGGCUUCGCUGUCCAACCCUGCAGUACUUCAGGAAGCACUUUCUAGUCCCUGGGAGGCCUGUGAUCUUGGAAGGAGUGGCUGACCACUGGCCGUGCAUGAAGAAGUGGAGUCUGCAGUACAUCCAGGAGGUUGCUGGCUGCCGCACUGUCCCUGUGGAAGUGGGUUCAAGGUACACAGAUGAAGAUUGGUCCCAGACCCUCAUGACCGUCAACGAGUUCAUCCACAAAUACAUCCUGAGUGAGGCAAAGGAUGUUGGGUACCUUGCUCAGCACCAGCUAUUCGACCAGCAGAGGGAGGUGGAGUUCUAUGAGUUCGAGAUCAUUCUAAUCCACAUGAUCCCAGAGUUGAAACAGGACAUCAGCAUCCCCGAUUACUGUUGCCUGGGCAACGGGGAAGAGGAAGAGAUCACUAUCAAUGCCUGGUUUGGUCCCCAAGGAACCAUCUCUCCACUGCAUCAUGACCCCCAGCAGAACUUCCUGGUCCAGGUAUUAGGAAGGAAGUACAUCCGGCUGUAUUCCCCGCAAGAGUCUGAGGCAGUGUACCCUCAUGAGACACACCUUCUUCAUAACACCAGCCAGGUUGAUGUGGAGAACCCCAACCUAGACAAGUUCCCCAAGUUUGCUGAGACCCCAUUCCUGUCCUGUAUCCUGUCUCCAGGAGAGACCCUCUUUAUACCUGCUAAGUAUUGGCAUUAUGUGCGUUCCCUGGACCUGAGUUUCUCAGUCAGCUUCUGGUGGUCAUAGCCAGGGCCAGAGCACAAAGGAUCCACUGGGGAAAUACCUCACCAAAGGAAGUGAGCCAGGUGGGAAGCCCUGGAUGCUGCUGGAGUCCACAAGUCCCGUCCCCCCAGAUACUCUCUGUAGGACACAUUGUAUGCAGAGCUGCUGUGUGUACCCAGGCCAUCCCGAUUAUGGAUGCAUCUUUUCCUUGUAAUGUACAUUUUUUUUCACUAACAUAAAUAAAAAU